AUGGAUGCUCCUGAAGGCUCAGCCGCGAUGCCGAGCCGUCACCACAAUGAUGAUGAUGAUCUCGACCCGCUGCAGACGACUGGCUCCCUGAGCAAACCAAGAGAAGCAGUCCAAUCACAGGAGCACAGUCCGGUGAUUCGAGAUUCAGAGCCCUCCCCAGCAGGUGGUGCAUCUUUUCAGCGCAGAUUCCCAGCGUUGGAGAUGUGGCAAACAACCGACUUUGCAGACAAGCGGGAGCGGGCUCAAUCGAUCCCAAGCAGAGCUUGGAUCCCGCUGAUGGAUAGCCUCGUAGAAGAAGAGAAGGGCGACGCGUCGGAUUCAUCUGAUUUCCUGGACGACUCGUCUCCAACCGAGAGCGAAGGGGAAGUAGACACCCGACGAAAGAGCGUGCGCCACAAGCCUUGCGUGCCUGACAAGAAAAGGUUUUCAAGACUCAUCAAGUUGAAUAAACACUGCACAGGAACAUGCAGGGCGCAAAGAGAUGGCCGGCUGAGCAUCUCGGUCCACGAAACCCAGGGGACAGGAUACAUGGCGAAUGCCAUGGGCGCCGUGACACACAGCAUGCGUCCCAAGAGGAAGAGAGCCACUGUUCCGAUGAAAGUCAUACCGGCGCUUCCUCAGCUUCCAGAAAAGAUCAAUGUUGUCAUCAUGGUGGUUGGCUCCCGCGGUGACGUCCAGCCGUUCCUGCGAAUAGGUAAAUACCUCAAGGAAGAGUUCCACCACCGCGUUCGCAUCGCCACGCACCCGGUCUUCCGAGACAUCAUACAAGAAGCCGGACUGGAAUUCUUCUCGGUGGGCGGCGACCCCUCGGAGCUGAUGGAGUUCAUGGUGAAAAAUCCCGGCAUGAUCCCGACCUUUCAGUCGUUGAGAGCCGGUGAAAUCGGAAGGCGUCGAGCGGCAAUGGCCGUCAUGUUUGACGGGUUUUGGCGGGCUUGCAUCCACGCCACAGAGGACGAGGAGACGAGCCUAAGAGCCGAUGCCAUGGAGGGAAGAGACGAUAUCUUUAUUGCAGACGCCAUCAUCGCCAAUCCGCCCAGCUUUGCACACAUCCAUUGCGCCGAAGCCCUUGGGGUCCCGCUGCAUCUGGUCUUCACCUUUCCCUACACGCCGACGCAAGCAUUUCCGCACCCCCUGGCCAUUAUCAAGGGCGGCAACAAGUCUGGGGGUGACAAGGGAUAUACAAACUUCAUGUCCUAUCCCCUUGUUGAGACGAUGACGUGGCAAGGCUUAGGUGACCUAAUCAAUGACUUCCGCGUGCAGAAGCUGUCCCUAGACGCCGUGUCUACUUUCUGGGCUCCGUACGCAAUAUAUCGAAUGCAUGUUCCAUUUACAUACUUGUGGUCGCCAGCCCUGAUUCCAAAGCCUGAAGACUGGGGUGAGGAAAUCAGCAUCUCUGGGUUUGUGUUUCUCGAUCUAGCAUCAACGUUUAAGCCGUCCCAGGCACUGGUGGACUUCCUCAAUGCAGGAGAGCCACCGAUCUAUAUAGGAUUUGGGUCUAUCGUGGUGGAAAAUGCAGAAGCGUUCACACGGAUGAUAUUUGAUGCCGUUAAAAAGGCCGGCGUUCGGGCUCUUGUUUCAAGAGGUUGGGGUGGCUUGGGUCAAGACAACGUGCCAGACGACAUCUUCAUGCUGGAUAAUAUACCGCACGACUGGUUAUUCCCGAAGAUCAAGGCAUGUGUCCAUCACGGUGGAGCAGGCACAACAGCCAUAGGAUUAAAGUGCGGGCUGCCAACUAUGAUUGUACCCUUUUUUGGAGAUCAGUACUUUUGGGGCAGCAUGGUAGGCAAGUCUGGUGCUGGCCCGCAGCCCAUACCGUACAAGCAUCUUAACGCGGAUAAGCUGGCCGAUGGGAUUCGAUAUCUUCUCACCACAGAAGCCCAAGCGGCGGCCGGCAAGAUUGGGGAAUCCAUUAGACAUGACGGGGACGGUGCCAUGAACACAAUGGAGAGUUUCCAGAAUCAGCUCCGGAUGUACGGUCCUUCUAGCCUCAGCUGCUCCAUAAUCAAGUCGGACGUCGCCGUGUGGAAGGUUAGGGGCACGCAUAUUAAGCUGUGCGUGCUCGCCGCGGCAAUCCUAGUAGACAGCGGUCAACUCUGCUGGAAGAAGCUACGUCUGCUGCGACACUCGGAGUGGAGCGACUUUGAAGGGCCCGGCGAGCCCGUAACGGCUGUAGCUGAAUCGGUUAAAAACUCCCUGCGAGAUGUGUUGAGCGGCAUUGCGAGCGCGCCGUAUCGUGUUGGGAAGACAGCCAAACGAAGGAUACGGCACAAGCUGCGGCAAAGGGGAGAUGGGAAGAACAAAGAUAAUAGACGGCCAUCGUCAUCGAAUACUCUCAUCGAGAAAGCGAGCGUGGCUGCAAAAAAGCAGGAAAAGACGCGGAAGCUAUCGCUCACUCGGGUGCCGAGCGUGAGGCAGUACGGCAGGGAUAUUUCGACAAGUAUGCGGAAAACAGGGCUGGCUGUCGUGAGGGCUCCCACACUCUUCAUCGUUGCUCUUGCUCAGGGACUUCACAAUGCCCCGCGACUAUAUGGCGACGAUACCGUCAGACGAUCGACGAGGGUAACUGGCAUUCGCUCCGGACUGGUAGCUUCGCGCAGGGAGUUCAUAUGGGGGGUUUAUGAUGGCGUUACGGGGGUUAUUCGUCUACCAAUUCAGGGCGCCAAGAAUGAAGGCGUAGUUGGGUUUGUCAAAGGGGCCGGCAUGGGCAUAGGCGGCUUGGUGUUGAAGCCCAUCUCUGCUAUAGUAGGUCCCUUUGGGUACACCAUGCAAGGGCUCACGAAGCAGAUACAACGUCGACGUAGUCCGGCCAAUUUUGUUCGCCUCGCGCGUAUUGCUGAGGGUCAGCGAGAGUUGGCGGCUUUGCAGGCGCCCGAGGCCGAGACAGUCAGGCAACAAGUGUUGGCAGGCUGGCAGGUCUUGGAUAAGUUGAGCCAGGCGGUUGCAAGCGCGCAGGGCUACUUUGUCGGCAAAGUUGACAAGACUGAGUUCAUGUUUAUGAACGUCGAAAGAGCCAAGGCAUGUCUGGAUGAUUUGAGCUCUGGGAAGAGUCUUCGGCAGGUUAUGGAUACGUACAAGUCGUGGAACGUCAAGCCGCAUGAUCCAGCCGCAAAAUCAGGAGCAUUUCGCAGCACAAGAUCAUAG